CGCUCUUCGCCAUGCCCCUCCUCGGCACCGACCAUUCAAUACUCGUCAAGGAUGAGGCCCCCUUCUUCAGAUCGUUAGCAGAACUAGACGACUGGGCGUCGAAACCGUCGCCCAAGCUCGGCGCGGUACUCCCGUACACGCCACGCAGGCCGGUCCCUGGCCCGCAAGCGCACCAGGGGAAGCUACUGGUCUGUCACGACUACAAGGGCGGUUACACCGAAUCGACGUCGGCGCAUGGUUACACCUUCAAUUUCUGGCCUUUAUGCGACUCUUUCAUAUAUUUCUCGCACCACCGAGUGACUAUUCCUCCGCCGGGAUGGAGCACGGCUGCGCAUCGCCAAGGCGUCAAAAUGCUAGGCACCUUGAUAUUCGAAGGCGACGGCGAAGCGGAUUGUCUGCGCCUCCUCGUCGGACGCUUGCCCUCGAACGUUACGGGCUCUUCUGCAGGAGACACGCUUCCCUUCUCGCCGUAUUACGCCCGGGUACUUGCGGAUCUAGCGUACCAGCGCGGUUUCGACGGUUACUUGCUCAACUUUGAAUGCCCGUUGCGAGGUGGACUGGAGCAGACUCGCGCCCUGACUGCGUGGAUCGCGCUCCUUGACGCGGAACUCAAGUCGAAAGUCGGACCUCAUGCAGAAACUAUAUGGUACGAUAGCGUGGUCGUUACUGGUCAGCUCCGAUGGCAAGAUCGGUUGAACAGCCUCAACCUGCCCUUCUUCCUUCCGUCUACAGCCUUCUUCACGAACUACACAUGGCCCGCACACUACCCAAACCUCACCGCCUCGUACUUCCUGUCCCUCGCCCAGGCCUCGCUCGCCCAACUCCGAACACAGCCGAAGACGCUCAACUCUGUGUACGUCGGAGUCGAUGUAUGGGGCCGCGGGCAACACGGCGGCGGUGGCCUCGGCUCUUAUCGCGCGCUCGCCCACAUCGAUCCGCUCGGACUUGGCCUUAGCGCCGCGCUCUUCGGGCCCGCAUGGACAUGGGAGUCGGAGCAGGACAAGCCUGGGUUCGAUUGGCAGACGUGGUGGAAGUACGAGCGGCUGCUGUGGGUUGGCCCGGAGGACGAACAGGGCCGGCCGGACGUGCCGGAGGCGCCCCGAAGGGAGGGAGAGCCGGUGCACGACCACGGGCCCUUCGAACCCAUCGCGAACUAUUUCGGGAGGCGCGCUCCUCCAGAUCCUCUGGACGUGGCGUUCUGCACGACGUUCUGCCCUGGCGUGGGGAACGCGUGGUGGGUGGAGGGCGUGAAGGUGAUGGACAAGGCGGCAACAGGAGGGUGGACGGACGUGGAUAAGCAGACUUCGCUCGGGGACUUGGUGUGGCCCAGGGCUGCUGUCACCUGGGAGGCGGAGAACGAUCAGCCCCCGCGGACGGACGUGUUGCCCACCGCGACCUCGUCUAUCUUCUUCGAAGAUGCAUGGACUGGAGGCAGCAGCUUACGGCUGUCAUUCUCCUGUCCUGGCUCAGACGCAGAGGAUGCCUUUUUCCGUUGUCUCUGGGUCCCAGUGCAAUCUGCAGCACUGAGCUCCCAAAUGCCCUACCAUGUGACGUUGGUGUACAAGGUCGACGCGCAGGAGGACGAUGCCCAAGUGGAAGUGGACCUAGGUUUAUCGAUCAAGAUUCUGGCACCGGACGGCAAGGCACAUCACAACCUCAACGUAUCCCCGGUGUCCACAGAUCAAGCGAUCGACCUUCCCGGAGGAUGGAGCCGCACGACAGUCCAGCUCACGCUCAGUGCCGACCAAUGCGAGCUUGCGAGGGAUGGCGUCGCCAUUGGACUCGCCCUUGGCUUCGCUGUGGAGGACCCUACGCAGUCCUACAAGUUUUCUGUUGUUCUCGGACAGCUGGCCGUUUACCCAGCGCCGUUAACUGCACCCCUGUCACAGACAAACCCGAAGGUCCUAUGGGCCUCGUACACUCCCGGUACAGCACCGGCAUCCGCCGGCGUGCUCGAAUGGGAGACUGCCGCGUCCUUGCCGACGCUACCCAGCCUGUCCAUCACAUCUCCCGACGACCCCAUCCCUGCGUGGAUCCUGGAUUACAGCCAGCGACAGACACCCGCGUUUUCAUACUUCAACAUCUACGUGCAGGCGCGAACGCCGCUGGCGCCGAGCGUGCCAUUGCCGGGGCAGGCGACGUUCAUCGGUACAACAGGUCUGGACGGCCGCUUGCACCGUUUCUUCGUGGACGAUGCUUGCCUUCCAGAGGCUCUGCAAGGUAUCGGCGUGCGGUUUUACGUGCAAGGCGUUACCGACCGAGGGAGGGCGUUGAAGUGGGACCGAUGCGCGUUCGUGGAUGUGCAGCUUCCGAAGUAGCGUUGUCGUUGGGCAAUGUCAACACUCGAAUCUCAUAUAGAAGGAGCUGCUUGGCGUAUAUGAGUUCAUCUCAUGCACUGUAUGUGCUGGGGGGGCUUCGUAGUUCAACCGCAAACAUGAAGACCAUCGGUAUGUGCCAUGGAUUAGGGGAGUGGUGUGCUCGCAA